GGGUCUCCUUUUGAUGCAGGAGCUUCCAGAGCUCAGUCCGUGGAGCAAUGGGGAUCAAAUCGGCUCUUCCUAAAUAUGAGAUCUACUUCUACAACACGGUGCUCUGCCUGGCCACGCUGUGGGCCGGCAGCUGGGUCCUGGAUGUGUCCAGCUCCGGUGCAAACAGAAAGGCGUUCAAACCCAGCGUGAAGCCAGGAUGGUACUACUUUGGGAGGAAAAGGGACUCAGCUGAUUUGGAGUGGGUGAUGUGGUUCUCCACCUUCAGAGAGCACAUCCUGUUUGCUCUCGCCGGUCAUGUGCUCUUCGCUAAGAUCUGCUCCAUGUUGGCUCCAAAGCACAGGUCUCUGGUGUACAUGGUGUACGGGAUCCUGGCCGUGUGGACCAGUCUGGGCUUGACCUACGUCACCCUGAUCCUGACGCACUGCGUCCUGCUCUACAGCGUGUCCUUGGUGAAGAUCCGCUGGCUGUGCUUCGUCACCGGCCUCUGCACCCUCGCCACCUUCAAGUGUGAACCCUUCGUGUCCUGGCAGGCAGGCUUUGUGGACGGGGACUUUGAUCUGCGCCACAUCUUCUUCUACGGAGGAUGUGGGUUCACCAUCAUGCGCUGUAUGAGCUUUGCUCUGGAGAACUGCGAGAGGAAAGAAGGGAGCUACAGCAUCCUGGAGCUGCUCAAGUACAACUUCUACCUCCCCUUCUUCUACUUCGGGCCCAUCAUGACCUUUGACAAGUUUUAUGUUCAGGCCAACAAGUCGGACCUGAGCAGGAAGGAGUGGGGGUUGUGGAACAUCAGUCUGCACGGCCUCACUCACCUGGGGGUCGUCAUCAUGGUGGACCUCCUCUUCCACUUCAUGUACAUCCUGACCAUCCCCAACGACCUGAAGCUGCUGAAGCACUCCUCCGACUGGGCGUUAGUGGGCCUGGCUUACUUUAACCUGGUGUACGACUGGGUGAAAGCGGCGGUGAUGUUUGGGAUCAUCAACACGGUGUCCAGACUGGAUCACCUGGACCCUCCCCGGCCCCCAAAGUGCAUCACUAUGCUCUAUAUGUUUUCUGAAACACAUUUUGACCGAGGGAUCAACGAGUGGCUGUGCAAGUACGUGUACGAUCACCUGGGAGGGAAACAUGAGAACGUGGUGGAGGAGUUGGUGGCUUCACUUUGCACCUUCGGGGUCACCAUCCUGUGGCUCGGACCCUGCGAGGUGGUGCUGGUCUGGGCUUUCUUCAACUGCUUCGGCCUCAACUUCGAACUGUGGACCGCCAAAUUCUUCGCCAUGGAGCCUUUCGCUUCUCUAGAGAUUGGAAUGUCAGAAGCAACGUCCCGCCGCAUCAGAGCCGUCUUCAACACGUUCAACUUCUGGAGCAUCGUGCUGUACAACAUCCUGGCUUUAAACAGUUUGGACUUUGCCAAGCUGGUCGCCAAGAGGCUGCUUCUCAAAGGUUUCCCUUUCACCACCAUCAUCGUCAUGUUUGUCACCUACUGCCUGGUUCAAGUGAUCAAGGAGAGGGAGAGGAGGCAGGCUCUCAUCGAUGAUCCAGAUCCUCUUCCUCCUGCUGCACCUCCAACUAACACCUCCACAACCUCCUCCUCCCCCCCCACCAGCGCUGCAGCUGCACCCCCCGCUGCUCAACCUGUCGUAGAUCCUAGCAAGGAGAAAGCAGAGUAGAUGUUGAGAGUAUUAUGAAGAGUGUUAACGCCAGUGCAGAUUUCAAACCCUGAAUUGUGAAUGAAUCCUCAGUUUCUGUUAUAUCAGUUUACCCUCAUGUGUUAAUACCUAAAAGAGAGAAAAAUGUAAUUCACACAAAUAUUCACCAAAGAUUCAAUAAUCACAUUUUACUUUGUCAUUACUCCAAAAAAAUAAAGUUUGUAUAAAUGUU